CUUCUCCCCCGUCUUUCACGAAAAAAUUCCUAUCGUCGUCGUCGUCGUCAUGGAAUUAUUCGAGUUCUUCGUGCUGCUGCUGUUGGUCGUCUCGACUAUGAACAGUGUGUCGUGCCACCAUCAUCAUCAUCGCGGUGUCCACGUGGACGAUAAGAAAAAGGGGGACCCGAUGGAGCACGGGAAAAGGUACACGGCCAGUGACAAUAAGAACGUGGUACCGUCCGAGGGCGAAAAGCACGGCAGGGGCUUGAAGGGCGAGGAUAUUAAAGGGCGCACGGUCCCUUUUAGCGAGAGGAGGCUGGAGAAGAUGCUGGAGAAAGCUAUCUUGAAAAUAAUCACCGGCGAUCUUAGCACGGGUGAUAUGUUGCUGUUGAAAAGUCUAAAUUAUAGCUUGGAGGAAGUUCUCGCGAUCCGCGAGAGAGAAUUGAGUAAGAAGAAGGAUGAGGAAUUGAGGAAGAAGAAGGAGAGCGUGAAAUCUUGGGCAAAGGUAUUAUACGAAGGGGAUGGAGAAAGGAAGGGUAAAAAUAAUAAUUGGAGUAAAAAAUCCACGGAUCGUUCCGUUUCGAAAAACCCUGAUUCCGAGAGUAACAAAGGUAACAGAGAAGGUAAGAGGAACCGGCACGUGGAUAGAUCACCUUCCUACAAGGAUUUUGACUUCGAGGCGUAUAAUCGACAGGCGAUCCUUGAUUACGAGAAUCUGCCAUCGAACGUGGAAUUUCAGCAAUCUUGGUCGGAGCCUGCAGCUGUCGAUUACGAAGAGGUUACCAAACCUUCCAAAGAGGAAGAUAUCGCGAAUAAUCUUCAUCGAGAUUUUGACAGGGUAAUGGAGCCUCACGUAGUCUUCAAGAUUCGAUACGAUGAUUCCGAAUUCGAUUCCAGCUCGGACGAAACGAAUAAAAAUCGUUCUAGGAAACAUCACGAUUCUUCGACAACGAGACACGCGAGUUUAAAAAAUGCCGGUAAUUCCUUUCAUGUAUCGACACCGCCAUCGAUGUCUUCAUCUACUACUGUCGCUACUCUACCUCUGGUUUAUCAAUUGAGUGGCAUCAAUGUUAGGAGUAACUAUCUGAAUAAUGAAAAUUAUUCUACCGCUACAGCCGCAUCUUCGACAUCGAGUAGUACUACUACCACGGAAAGUACUACCGUGCCAGACGAAAUUUCAAACGUUGACAAAAAUGAAACGAAUAUCGACGCUCGUAUCGUCAAUUCUACCGAUAAAGUAUCUGUCUUAAAAAAUGAGAAGAAAACUAAUGAAAAUAAAAAAAUUAACGAGUACGAAGGGCUGGAAUGGGUCGAAGACGAUGUUUACCGAGUACUCCCCGAAUUCGUGGAUUCCCUUAGUUUCGAGAACACGGAGGAGAACGAAACGUCCGACUAUGAAGACUCUAGUCACGAUUCCCGACUAAAUUGGAACACAGAGGAGAACGAAAACAGCACGUUGGGGUAUUUGAACGACACUCCUGAUUCUGUCAAGCUCUUCGUGUCUAACAAUAACAUUUCUGCCGGCAAUCUUCCAUUGGCGAAUCUAUCGUCAUAUCUACAAGUGGCUAUUGCUCAUCGACGAGGAGGAAACCUAACCUCAAGCUUCGACAGCCAAGGUGAAAAAGCCAUUGAGGAUAUCAAAACCCGAGUUUUAGCUCUGACGGGAAGGUUCAACCUCAGUACCGAUGCUAAUCAAGUCCAACGAGAAAGAUUGACAAUGUUUUCGCCAACUUGUCAAAUUCCACGUAACACAGAUCAAGAUGCUUGGACAGAUUCAUUCUCUAUGAAUAUGCAUUUUCAAUUGAACUUGACUUCCAGUGAUCAUGUGAUAGCUGCCAAAUUACGGAUAUUUAAAUUACCGCAAGAAAACGUGACGUUCUCUUCGGAAAGUACGUUCGAUGAUGAAGAAGAAGAUGAGAAAAAAAUUAGAAUAUCGGUCUAUUAUUACACGAAAACUUUGAAGAGGCAUCGAUCGAAGAAACGUUUGAUGGAUUCGAUAGUGACACCUCUCACGUUUAAAGGUACUCAUUUAGCGUUAGAUGUUAGACAAGGUCUUCGAUUCUGGAGAUUGAAUCCACGAAACUCUCAUGGAAGCGGAAGUAAUCACGGCUUGGUAAUCCAAGUUGAAGAUCAAGAUGGCAGGCCAUUGAAACCGGCUCUAUAUAUUCAGCAACCGUCUUGCGUGGAUCAGGAUUCAGAUCAGAAGGCAUACCAGCGAGUACCUGCACUCUUCGUACGAGCCUGUACUCGUUACGUUCGUAUCGUAAAUGGCAAAACGGAGACGUACGUCAAUUGCAGGCAUUAAAUGGAAGAAAAACACUUAGAUGUUAUAAGAAAUUAGUAAAUUAUUCAUAUUGUACUUUAUGUUUUUUAAAAAAUGAUGAUUUUUUUUAUGGAAAACAGGGAAUACCGUCCUUCAACACUCGAUUCAAACAUAUACUAAUAGAAUCAUAGAAUGCAUUUUUAUGAAAAAAGUAACUAUAAUCAAUACAAAAUAUAACUAAGUCGAACAAAGAUACUUUUGUGAAUUCGUCAAAAAAAUGAUUUUUUAUUGCUAUUUUUGAAUAAUUAAUUAGAUUGAACUCAUUAACGAAUUCAACAAAAUUUUAUAAAUUUUUUAUAUAAAAUCAUGUUGGCGACAUUCUAGUAAUUUCUACUAUUCUAUGCGCACAAAAAUAGAUCUUACAUGAAAACAAUAGACGAAUGCCCCCACUACUUCAAAAUUAAUUUAAGAUGGAGUAAAAAACGCGCGAAAAUUAUAAUAAUUGUAAAUGAUUAAAAAAAAUACGUAUAAUCCCAGUAAAAGUUCUUUUAUAGACUGUUCUUAAUUAAAAGAAAAAAUGUUAAUUUAAAAAUGUGGCGUAUUAUUUAAAUGGUAUUUUAUUGUUUUGUAUUGUUUUCUGUAAUUCUGCGUUCCGAAACUGGCUUCCAUGCCAAUAUGUGUCGUUUUUCGGAUAUCAAUAGAUUUAAGUUUUUAGUAUGAUUUAGUAUGAUGUACAUACCAGUGAAAUCGAAUCAAUAGAUUGAUAAUAAUUAGACUAUUCGUUAGAUUAAUAAAAAUAUUUUUGGCUUGUAUGCAGAUGUGUAUGUAAUGUAAUGCACAUGCAUACAGUCAUGCUCACGACUGAUGCAACCAAAUGUAAGAGCUUAGAGAUAGAUAUUUAUGUUUUAUGUUAAUUAAGCAAUGUAAAAGCUUAUAGAGUUUUUUUUAUUAUAUCUUGAGUGAGACCAUAAGUAAAAUAUUAAAUUUUGUGUGUAGUACAAAAACAAAGUACUUCAGUUAUUUUAUUUCAAAUUCUAAUGGUCCAUUCAAAAGAUUAUGCUACUUACUAUUAUAAUAUGUUGUUGUUUGAUGAAAUAAACAACAUAUUCUUACAAAUUUUGCAUAAUUUCUGUAUAUAAUGUAUAUUUAAUUGCCUGGUUGUGCAAAAAUAAAUGAUUUGAUGUCAAUACUUAUAAUGCCUUUGUAUUAAAUGCAUUCUAAGUUUGACCCUUACAUUUUACUUAAUGAAAUUUAUAUUAUUUUGUAUAUUUUUUUAUAUUCUCUGUUAAAUAAGAGCAAACUACAUGUAUAAUUUUUCAGAGAUCAUACGGAUAAAGUAACAUCAAUUAUGACAUUUAAACUAUUGCACCUUAUAUAUAUUUGAAAUAAUUUUAUAGAUUUUUUCAUGAUCUCUUUAUAUAUUUUUUAUAUAUUUUAUUUAUAUAUUUUAUUAUAUAUAUUUAUUAUUUCAUUCUAAUAUAAAUUUGGCUUUUUAAAUUAUUUUCAAUUUUAAAUUCUUUUAUCAUAUAUAAUAUUUUGUUUUAUUUAUUAGGAUUUAUAAUGGUUAAGUAAAUCUUUUAAUUAUUGUCUUAGUUAUUGAUAUGGACCACAUUUUUUGUACAAAAAUGAUUUUUUUUAUUAAAAAUGUUCAUUAGGAAAAGUACAUUCAACAUUUACAAAAGAAUAAUCCAUAAUUGGACUACUUUUUCAGAAGAAAGCAGAAAAAAUUAUCGAUAAUAAUAUUCUUAUAGUUGUUCUCAUGUUUAUGUGCUUAUUUUGUUGCAAUUAACAAAAUCACUUUGACAAAGUAUAUGAAAUAAUAUAUUUAUAUCAAAAACUAUAAAUUUAUUUUGAUUCAUAAUUUGAAAUGCAUUAAAAAACCCAAAUAUAAUAAAUAAGUAUGAAUGUACAAUAUAAAAUGAAUGAUUAUAAUUUAAUAUAUUAUUUUUCAUAAUAAUUUGUUUGUUAAAUAAGAAUAUUAAUAAUUCAUUCUGCUUUUUUAUUAAACAAGUUAAUUGCACCAUUGUAUUUUUUUCUUAAAUACAUUUCAUGAUAUCAUUUCUAUCAUUAAUAUCUUUUUUAGAAUUUCAAAUGCUUUCAUACUUUAUAAUUUUAUAUUCAAUAUUAUUAAUUUAAGUCCAAUAAAAAUAAAGAUAAAGGGAAAAAAUAAAAGAAAAAAAAUUGUUUUAGAAAAUUAUUUUGCAAAUUAGAGUGAAAUAUCACUGUAGAAUUAUGCGUUGGACAUAGAAAACACUUCUGUUGUGCUUUUCAAUGCACAGAUUAUAGCCACAAGUCUUUACAAUCUUUUAUUUCGUGAAGACGAACAAUCCCGGCAUUUACUUUUGAACGUAUCGAAAUAUUAUUAUUUCUUUUGAGAACUUCGAGUUCUGCUGAACUGUAAAUCGCGUUAAUAGUGCCUCCAUGUACGAUAUUUCAGUUCUUUUAAUAAUUACUAGACGAGUUCAUUCUCUUCUGUUUUUAUGACAGAACGAACACAA